CCGUUGACGUCCAGGAGUGGCAGCCUCUUGGAGAACAGGAGUCUCUUUGAACCAGUUGCUGAUUCCUUGACAUUCACAAACCACCAGUGGCGCCGUUCCUCCGCAGGAUCCGCAAAGUGCCUGCCAUUUACUAAAACGUAUCAGGUGUGCGUAAAAGGAAAGCACUAAGGUAUUUGCGCAGCAGAAUACGGAAGGGGAAUAGCAAAUCCGUACGUAUCUUUUUUGUGGGAGAAAUAUCUGAGGGGAUGGGCCACUUUCUCGGGGAAUGCUGCUGCCGUUUAGCCACUAUCCGUGUUUGGGGUUCGGGAGUAGUCCGGCUCGUGGCUCACGUAAGCGGCUAAAGAAACCGUGAGGACCGGGCGGCACGUAUCGGCAGUCAAACCCGAAGGGACCGCUGGCUUUGUGGAUAGAAAUGAUCACACCGAGUGCCGACGGAGAGACGGGAAAAUGACCCACAGCCAGUGAGUGCGCGAGCGAGGGAGUGAGUGAGUGAGUGCGCGAGGUGCCACAGCCGACGACGUGUUGCAAUUAAGCCGCGCGAGAGAGACCCAUCCCCGGCGGUUUAGUCCAGAAACCACCGUUAAAUCAACCAGGCUUCGAUGGCAUGUACGAGGCUUCCCUGACACCCGGCGGAGAACAAGGGAAGCACCGGGUCUUUCACGGAUUCGGGACCGUUUACCCGCCUGUUGUAAUGACGUCUGUACGGUUCUUAUAAUUCCAUCGGCGAAGCGUUUUGAGAAUCCAAGCCACCAGCCCCAGAGCCGGUGUCGGGGAGAGCGGGACUGAGGCGGGUCGGCAGUCCGGGGGAUAUGGGAGAGCGAGAGGAACCGAUGCAGUGGGUCUUGGCAAGACAUCGUCAAAAUACAGGGCAGUGAUGCCUGGCAUGGUGAUGUUUCGGCGGCGCUGGUCAGUUGGCAGUGAUGACCUGGUGCUGCCCGCCCUCUUCCUUUUUCUUUUACACUGCAUCUGGUUGGUGGUUCUGUCUGUGGUUCUGUUCGGCCUCCCCUAUGGUUCAGACCAGUCCUGCUCAGUAACACUGGUGGACCAUGGCCGAGGGUACCUGGGCAUCUUGGUCAGCUGCCUUAUCUGUGAGAGCGCCAUCAUGUGGCUGAGCAUGAGGGGCAGCAUUCUGUACACACAGCCCAGGGAGGCUGUGCAGUAUGUCCUCUACAUACGACUGGCCAUUCUGUUGGUUGAGCUGGUGUAUGCUGUGGUUGGAAUUGCAUGGCUUGUCCAGUAUUACCAGCCAUGCUCUGAUGUCACUGCCAAAAACCUGGCCUUGGGGAUCGUUGCAUGCAACUGGCUAGUGAUAUUCAGCGUCUGCAUUACCCUCAUGUGCACCUUUGAUCCUACGGGUCGAACUUUUGUCAAACUGAAAGCAACCCGAAGACGUCAGCGCAACCUCACUACAUAUACCCUCAGACACAGGCUAGAGGAAGGCCAAGCUAGCAGCUGGAGCAGACGACUCAAGUUCUUCAUGUGCUGUACAAGAGCCCAGGAUACACAAUCAGAUGCUUAUUCAGAAGUGGCCAGCCUUUUUGCAGAGUUCUUCAGAGAUCUGGACAUUGUGCCUAGUGAUAUCAUUGCUGGACUGGUACUUCUCCGCCAGAGACAGAGGUCGAAGAGAUCUGCUAUCCUGGACCAGGCCAACAAUGACAUUUUAGCCUUCUUAUCUGGAAUGCCCGUUACCCGUAAUACUAGAUACCUUGACCUUAAGAACUCGGGUGAGAUGAACAUGUACAAGGAGGUGUGCUAUUACAUGCUCUUUGCCCUGGCUGCGUACGGUUGGCCCAUGUACCUGAUGAGGAAACCUGCCUGUGGGCUGUGCCGCCUCGCCAGCUCCUGCCCGUGUACAUCAGUGUCUGGCUCUCGGUUGUCUCAGUCAGUAACUGUAGAGGAGGACAAUUGUUGCGGUUGUAAUGUCCUGGCAAUCCGCAGACACUUCCUGGACAGGGACCUCAAGCAAGUUCACAUUGUCUACACUUCCUGCCAUGAUGCCGUUUAUGAGACUCCAUUUUUUGUGGCAGUGGAUCAUGCGAAAAAGAAGGUUGUCAUCAGUAUCAGAGGAACCCUCUCACCAAAGGAUGCCUUGACUGAUCUGACGGGGGAUUCUGAGCGUUUGCCUGUGGAAGAGCAGCAUGGGACCUGGCUUGGCCACAAGGGCAUGGUUUACUCAGCAGAAUACAUUAAGAAGAAACUGGAGCAGGAAAUGAUCUUGUCACAAGCCUUUGGAAGAGACUUGAAUAAGGGCACCAUGCACUAUGGGCUGGUGAUAGUCGGGCAUUCUCUCGGUGCAGGCACUGCUGCUAUCCUCUCUUUCCUGCUCAGACCCCAGUACCCUACACUUCACUGCUACUCCUACUCCCCACCUGGUGGCCUUCUUAGUGAGGAUGCCAUGGAGUACUCCAAACAGUUUGUCACCUCUGUGGUCUUAGGCAAAGACCUGGUGCCAAGGCUUGGUUUGUCACAGCUGGAGGGUUUUCGGCGCCACCUUCUGGAAGUUUUACAGAAAAGUAACAAGCCAAAGUGGAGGAUCAUUGCGGGAGGCACCAAAUGCAUCCCAAAAUCAGAGCUUCCACUAGAGGAUGAUGAUCCUCAAUCUCAGCCUGCUGCACCCCCCAGCAGUCGCCUUUGGCUCCACCCCAGUGACCUCAGCAUCGCCCUUUCAGCCUCCACCCCCCUCUUCCCUCCUGGCAGGAUCAUCCAUGUUGUGCACAACCAUCCUCCAGAGACAUGCUGUGGCCAGGAGGAUCCCACCUACUCAGCUCUGUGGGGAGACAACAAGGCCUUCGAUGAGGUCAUUAUAUCGCCCGCCAUGCUUAAUGAGCACAUGCCCCACAUGGUGAUGGAGGGACUAAAUAAGGUGCUGGAAAACUACAACAAAGGGAAAACAGCUUUGCUGUCUGCAGCAAAAAUCAUGGUGAGCCCCACAGAAGUGGACUUGAACCCAGAGACCAUGUUUAUGGAUACAUCAACAACCUCACAGCAGCCGACGCCUACAACCCACCACCGCAGGAACAGUAGUGUUCGACAAAAACCAUUGUUACGUUCUUGUGCCCAGUCUGAAAUAUCUCUGGAUGGUUUCUCUGAGUGCCCUCCCCCUCCAGUGCCUGUAGUGCUGCGUGGAGCACGGGAGCGUCUGGCAGUGGAGCUGAGGGACCGCAAAGCACCACUGGCCGUCAUGGAAAGUCUCUCAGACGCCGAAUCCCUCUAUAGUCUGGAUUCCCGUCGCUCCUCAGCUGCGCUGCGGGGUUCACCAAUGCUGGGUAGCCUUCCGUUCCCUCUGGAUGCCCCCAUACCUGAAGAGAACCCAUCUCUCAGCUCUCGCACUGAACUACUAGCUGCUGACUGCCUCUGCCAGGCUACGCCAGAGCAUCUUGGUGAGGUUGGACCCUUCUUUACGCCGCUAGAAUCCAGAUCCACUCCAGAAUACCCGAUGCGCCUAUCCCCCGCCACACCUCGCUACAGUGGACAUCAUUCCCCUGCUUUGCUAAACCAGAGUGUGUUGGCUCAGCCUUUAAAGCCAGAGCCAAAGACCAACACAAAAAUGCUUCCUGAUGGGGAAUACCAACAAAUUCCUGGUGUCUACAGCCCUGGGAGUACUCCAGAUGCUCCGCUCAGUCCUCAGAUUGGUUCAAGACCCGUGGAUGGAGAAAAAGAGGACUGGGAGCUGGAGGCAACGGACAAAGAGUUAACUACAGAGACCCGACCGGCAGCUUCCACACCACCACCCCAACUGUCCAAUGGAAACCCCAGCCAGGCGGUGCUGGAGUUUGCCCAGUACUUAGACUCUCUUUUCAGACUGGACGGCAGUAGCUCACCGCCUCUAGAGCUAUCUGACGGGGAAUCAGAGUCAGGCCGGGGCUCCUUCAGCCAAGGUGAGUCUUUGGGAGAAGGACAGCAGUUGGAUGACAAACAACUUCUGGCCAGAGCAACACUGGAACCUAACCUCGUCCCUAAGCCCCCACGCACUUUUGCUGGAUCAGCCGACCCAUCUUCUGGCAUCUCUUUGUCGCCCUCCUUUCCUCUGUCAUCCUCUGAGGAGCUCAACGACCUUUCCCCUGGGGAGGGUGCCCCAUCAGCCAUACACUCCCUAAGAACAUCUACCCCUCUCCACUGUCCUGAAGAGAACACACUAUCGUCUAUGGUCUAGUGGGGCUCCCGAGAGUCGGUUGUUCUAAAUUGAGAGAUGCAGUCAUCCAAAAUUUUAAAACAUAUCACAGUACAUGCAUGCGAUGGAAUGCAGUCACUCAUCGGAGAUACAGAACUAGACUGACCAACUCAUGAACUAUUUCCAUUCUUCAGGUGUCCCCUUUGAACGCUGUUUAUAGCAUUUUCACACUAUUGCAAUGACUGAAAAAAAUGAUACCUCUCUCUGCAUGCCAGGGGGCUGUGCUGCUUUUGGGUGAAUAUAAAUAACUGUAGCUUCACAAUACCAUUCCAAAACAAUGUGGUCUCAUCCACAUAGGGACGCGUCAGCAUUACAUCUGUUCCCUAACUUCACUAAAUCAAAGGGAGAAUAGUUAACUGAGCAGGGAAAAACUAACACUGUAGAAGAGGUUACCAUAGGCACAUCAACUUCCUACACCCUCAGCAGCUACAGAAGUUUGUCCAGCUUUUAUUUUAUUUUUUAAAUCAGGAAUGUGAUGAUGGACAUACAUGUCAAUCAAUAGAAGUGAGAAGACAUCACAAAAUGUUCCUCAGGUCUAUUAAGAAUUGACUUUGAGAAAGAGAGUAAAUGUGUUUCAUUGGUGAGAAUUCAUGUGUCUUACAAAGUUAGUGAUUGUGACAAAGUUAUUACAGACGCCUAUGGAUGUUUUUGAGUAUUUUGGUUACUCUUUAUAGUGCAUGAAACUUUUUUUCUGUCUUUUUUUUCCAGAGAAAUUGUCACUAAGCCACUUAGACUGACAUUUGGAUACUCUUGCACAUGUCAUAUUGCUAAAUCCCCCUUUGCCAAAAAAUUUAAUACAUCGUAUUGCCAAAUGUAUUUAUGAGAUGUAAUUUUGUAUAUGUAUAUGGAUAUUGCUUUAUUUAAACACAAGAGUACCAAGCUAAGUUCAUUACUUUUUCCCUCACCAUUCUGUUGGUUCCCUUGUAGACUGUUACACAGCAGCACCACAGAAAAAGUUGCCAUCCUGACCUUAAAACACUGCCAUGGCUUUUAUCUCCAGAACACAACCCCUGGACCUGGGGUCUUGACAUCAGCUACUAGGCCAGAAUAAAGGUGUUCUAAUCUCUAAUACUCUUCUCUUUAGGGAGCUCUUAGCAGUGUGCCCAGGUCAGGGCCUGCAUGUUUUAUGCAUUUCAGAGUAGCAUGGCUGGUUAAAAAGCAAGUCUUGUCAUCAAGUCAUAAUGAAUAAGCUGAAACAUGCACAGAAAUGACCACAUAUGUAAGCACUGAAAAGCUUCAUACAUACCCAGGUCACCAGAGAGGAUCAAACUGUGCAUCUUAAAAGUGUCCCAGGAGAUCGUUUCUCUUGUUCUUAAGGUGCUCUCUCUCAGUCAUCUUGGAUGUCAAGGUGUUUGCUUCCCUUUAAUCUGGUUCAUCUCAAACAUCCUUCAGGUUGGACUGCAUUAAUAAAUGGGAUCGAACAUUACAAGGAAUGCCAGUAGUAAGCAUGUGGCAUACAAUCUUCCAUAUCACUGAGGUGUAACAGGUGGCUCACAAUUUGCAUUAUUUAUUACUGUUAAUAUUGUUAUCACAUUUAUUGCUAUAUUUGAUGGUAUUAUUAUCCUUAUUGCUCUUGCAACAGAUUGGUUUGAUGUCAGUGGUUUUUAUCUCAGUUGUCGGGACAAUGUGGGGAACUUCUGAGACUUUCCCAAUGUAAGGAGUUAUAUAUUUCAGCUUUUUUUCUGUCCAAGUGGAAAAGUAUUUAACAUUCUGCAAUGGCAUGGUGACAAUAUGCUCUUUCUUUUCUUUUUUUUAACAAAUGUUUCAUAGUGGUGAGACAUGCUGCAGACUGACAGCCUGCUCACACUGACCUUUGGUGCAGUGCCACCGUCAAGCCUGGAGUCACCAUAGUGAUCUGCACAGUUUCUCUAUUUGGAAUGAGGUUUGCUGUGGUAACUCACAGCAGACGGUUCCAGCCAAUUUACAGUCUGACACUACUCAAAUUAUGCUGCCAGUCCUAGUGGGCUCUUACUAGAUGCACUAUGGUUGGGCCAGCAAUUUCCUACCUUCAGUAGCUCUGCUUGCAGUAAGUCAUAUAGAAAACACUGCUGAAACAAAGCACUACAAUACUUUUCACCAUGAUGUGUACAGCACCAUCCUCUAUGUGUAAUUAUUUAUGCAGAUGUCUAAAAAAAAGAUUGAAAUCCAAUAGAUUCAUGUAGAAAACAGCUAUGUAAACACUAAGGAGAUAACUAUAUUAAAAGAUAUCAGUAUUGCCAUAUAGAAAAAAAUCUAAAGUUAUUUAUUCAAACUAUUGGCAGAUCUAUAAUUGGUUUAUAUUGAAAGAGAAAUAAUUCAACUAUGUCUUGUCCAUGUUUACCUGGUUUGCUUCCCUUCCCUUCCCGCCCCACAAAGAGAAUGUAUUUAAUCCCUGUCCCUCACUGCCCUGCCUGUAAUGAAAUAAACUAAAAACUAUGAAAAUAA